AACAGGGGGAGGGAGGGAGAAGAGAGGAGGGAGGAAUAAGAAAGGAGAAGAGAGGAAGGGGAUACGGAGCAGAGAGAAACAGGAAAGAGAAGAAGAAGGACAGACAUUAAAAAGAGUGAACAGAGGGAAACAACAGAGAAAAAAAGACAAGUGCAGCCAAGAGAGGAGAGGAGGAUGCUGCUGCCUGACUUCUGAGGAGUUUGGAUUUGGACGUGACAGAGAUGCAGCAUCCAAGUAUUUCAGCCUGAGCAUCUCCAGGUUGUGUCUGUGUGUGUGUGUGUAUGUGUGUGUGUGUGUGUGAGAGAGUUUGUUCAUGUGUGUGAAGCCAUGGCGAGCGCUCAGCCGGGGGUCCAUGCAUUGAAACUCCAGCCUCCCUCUGUUUCAAACACACUGAAGAACGGAAGCAACUUCAUCAAAUGGGACGAGGAUCUGUCGACUGUGACCCCGGUGACUCUACAUGUGGACCAACAUGGAUUUUACCUCUACUGGACAGAUCAAAACAAGGAUACAGAGUUGUUGGACCUCACCCUUGUGAAAGAUGUCAGAACAGGAAGAAGCACCAAAGCGCCCAAGGAGGCCAAGCUGCGGGAGCUGCUUGACAUUGGAAACCUGGUUGGACGGCUUGAGAACCGCAUGGUAACAGUGGUUACAGCUUCAGACCUCGUAAACGUCAACCUGCUUAACUUCAUCGCAUCGCAGGAGGACGAAGCUAAGGAGUGGUGUGAGGAGCUGUUUUCUCUGUCUUCCAACCUGCUGAGCCACAAUCUCAACAGAGACCACAGUCUACUGAAAGCAUACGUCAGGUUAAGUCUCCAGCCGAAUACGGAGGGGCGAAUUCCUGUCAAGAACAUUGUUCGACUGUUUUCCUCCGACAGAAAGAGAGUGGAGAAUUCCCUGGAGAGCUGUAAACUACCCUAUGCACGGGGUGACAGCAUCAAACUGGAGGACUUCACACUUGAAGUCUACAAGAGCUUUUUGGAAAGUCUGUGUCCUCGUCCAGAGCUCAGCAGCAGCUUUAAACUGCAAGGAGGCGAUGGAAGGAAGAUGUCAGUUGAUCAGAUGACAGAGUUCAUCAACAACAGGCAGAGAGACCCGAGGCUCAACGAAAUCCUCUACCCACCUCUACGUCCUGCACAGACAAAGGCUCUGAUGGAGCGGUACCAGCAUGACCUGGAACAGCUGAAUCAAGGCAUCAUCUCCAUACAGGCUUUCUCCAGUUAUCUGUCCAGUGAUGAGAACGGAGUCAUCCCACCUGAGAAACUGGAUCAGUCUGAAGACAUGAGCUUCCCCUUGUCUCAGUACUUCAUUAACUCUUCACAUAAUACGUAUCUGACAGCGGGUCAGCUGGCAGGGAGCUCCUCAGUAGAGAUGUACCGGCAGGUUCUCCUGGCCGGGUGUCGCUGUGUAGAACUGGACGUGUGGAAAGGUCGGACUGCUGAGGAGGAACCUGUAAUCACCCAUGGCUUCACCAUGACAUCAGAAAUCCCUUUUAAGGAAGUGAUUGAAGCUAUUGCAGAAUGCGCCUUCAAGACCUCACCUUUCCCUGUCAUACUCUCCUUUGAAAACCACGUGGACUCUUUAAAGCAACAGGCUAAGAUGGCUGAAUACUGUCGGUCUAUUUUCGGUGAUAGACUGUUGAUUGACCCUCUGGAGAAAUACUCUCUGGAGUCGGGCGUCCCCCUGCCCAGUCCUCAGGAGCUGAUGGGCAAAAUCCUCAUUAAAAACAAGAAAUCACACAAACCCUCCAAUAACACAGACACUAAAAGACUGAUCGACCAGCCUGCCAAUCAAACCAGCGAACCACUGUCGCCUAGCAACAUCACAGGAGAGAUGGAGGCUGAGAGUGAGGAAGAUGAUGAUGAUGAUGACGAUGAUGGUAAAAAGGGCUCAGCGGAGCGGGAGGCAGUGGCCACAGAGGAAAUGUCCACUCUGGUCAACUACGUCCAGCCAACCAAGUUCAACUCCUUUGAAGCCUCAAAGAAGGCAGCCCGCUGUUACCACAUGUCAUCUUUUGUGGAGACCAAAGCAUUGGAGCACCUUACAAAGUCACCAGUGGAGUUUGUAGAAUAUAAUAAAUCCCAGUUAAGUCGUAUCUAUCCUAAAGGAACCAGAGUCGACUCUUCCAACUUCAUGCCUCAGCUCUUCUGGAACGCCGGCUGUCAGCUUGUCGCUCUCAACUACCAAACUAUCGAUUUCUCCACCCAGCUGAAUCUCUUCAUGUUUGAGUACAACGGGCGGAGCGGCUACAGACUGAAGCCUGAGUUCAUGAGGCGGCAUGACAAACAUUUCGACCCCUUCGCAGAAAACACAGUGGACGGCAUCGUGGCUAACACCCUCUCUGUGAAGGUGAUUUCAGGACAGUUUCUGACUGAGCGGCGGGUGGGCGUGUAUGUGGAGAUAGAGAUGUUUGGACUUCCUGCAGACACCAGGAGGAAAGCACUGAAAACAAAAACCUCUCAGAACAACAACGCCGUCAACCCAGUGUGGGAUGAAGAGCCAGUUGUCUUCAAAAAGGUGAUUCUUCCGACUUUGGCCUCUCUGAGAAUUGCGGCUUUUGAGGAAGGAGGGAAGUUUAUAGGUCAUCGGAUUAUUCCAGUGUCUGCAAUAAGACCAGGGUACCGAUACAUCGGAUUGAGGAAUGAGAAAAACCAGUCUCUGAUUCUACCGGCUGUGUUUGUCUACAUUGAGGUCAAAGAUUACGUACCUGACACCUUUGCAGAUGUGAUAGAAGCUCUGUCCAACCCUAUCCGAUAUGUCAACCUUCUGGAGCAGAGGUCCAAACAGCUGGCAGCUCUGACGCUGGACGAUGUGGAGGAGGAAACCCAGGCCGAGGAAGAGGCAGACACCACUGCAGAGCGCAAAAACGAUGUUAAAUCAGCUCCACUUGAGAAUGGACUCAGCCCCGCCCCUGGCCCUACAGGCCACACCCCAAUCACCACCACGCCCAAAGUCACUACAGCUAAUCAGCAAGCAGCUACGACAGAAACAGCCAAACCAGUGGCCAAGAGUGAAGAUCUGGUAUCAAGUGUUUUGAUAGAUGUCCCAUCAUGCACCAUGGAGAGUCUGCAGCAGUCGAAGGUUUACCAGAAGGAGCAGAGACGCCAGUUUAAAGAGCUGAAGGAGUUAGUGAGGAGGCACCAGAAGAAAACCUCUGAGCUCCUCCGAGAGAUCAACAACAAGUACAAGAAGACGGCAAGACAGUGCAGUAAGAGCAGAGGCUCGUGUUCAGAGAGCGAGAAAGAGGAACGGCUCCAGCAGCUGAGAGACGAACAGCAGCAGCAGCUCCUCACUUUGAGGCAGGAGCAGUACUACAGUCAGAAAUAUCUGCAGAGAGAACACAUUAAAAUGCUGACAGAGCGGCUGAGCAGUCUGGCUGAGGAAAGUCACAACACACAGAUGAAGAAACUCAAAGACAUAUCUGACAAGGAGAAAAAAGAGCUGAAGAGGCAGAUGGAUCGAAGGAGAACAGAGAAGAUCAACCAAGCGAAGACCAAAGAGAAACAUCUGGCUGAAGAGGAGAAGAUUGAGAUCAAUAAGUCCUACGUCAAUGAAGUCGUCCAGAACAUAAAGCGGCUGGAGGAAACUCAAGCAAAGCGCCAUGAUCAGCUGGUGGAGCAGCAGAACGAGCUCCUGCAGCAGAUACAGGACCUGAAACCAAAGUUGCAAGGAGUGGUGGAGGCUGAUUUCCAGGAGAAGUUCCACUGUUUGCCUGGAGAGAUCGAAGACUUCCUGCAGGACAGGAAGGCAGAAGUGAGAGGUCACAGCAAGUCCCGCCCAUCCACACCGCACGAAACUCUGUCAGAGGAGGACUGAGGGGCGAGGGAGCAUGCGGAGGGAGAAUGGAUGGUAGCAGAGAGAGGAAAGUGCUAAAGAUCCAAACACAAGGACGUAAGAGGGAUAAAAAAAAAGAGAAGAUUUUAAAGACUGUUAUUUUUGUUUUUAAUGGAAGAACACUUUGAUGAUUGUCUUUGAAAUUGAAUUCAAGCAUGCACUUUGCUGUUUGCCAGCAUUCAGUCAGAACUCAUUUAACCUUAGUUUCUGUUUAUUUGAAGGACAACUACCCGACAGUUUGUACUGCAUGAAAAAUCUAUCUAUCUAUCUAUCUAUCUAUCUAUCUAUCUAUCUAUCUAUCUAUCUAUCUAUCUAACUAUCUAUCUAACUAUCUAUCUAACUAUCUAUCUAUCUAUCCAUCUAACUAUCUAUCUAUCUAUCUAUCUAUCUAUCUAUCUAUCUAUCUAUCUAUCUAUCUAUCUAUCUAUCUAUCCAUCUAUCUAUCUAUCUAUCUACCUAUAUAUACAUACAUCUGUCUGUAUUUUAUAUGCACAUGGAUAGACUCUACAAAAACAAUUUCUCAGCACUUUUCUGGUUUUUUUUAGUGAGUAAGCUAUGGUGGUUGCUAGGACAACUAAACUCAAUUCACAUUUACUUUAUUUAUAUAGCUCUAAUCAUAUAAACUCUGACUGAAAAACAACUAAGACCGAAAAAAAUGCAACAAAAACAACAACAAAAAUCGACAUUAGGUUAAAGCUCCUGUGAGGAACUUUUGUUUCGGCGCCUCCUGUGGACAAAGGGUUACGACUUAUCUCUUUGCUGAUCUUGUCCUGUGAGCCUUCGUGUAUAAUGUAAGUGAUGUUUUCCGGAGAAAAAUCUCAUCCUUGCUCACUUUGACAGUCAAUGAUAACGCACAUUAUGAAUCUGUUCCUUGGAAAAUUCUGAACUAAGGUUUCAGCAGCAAGCAGGGAAUUGCCUCGCUUGACAGCUACCCUUUGGCAGCAGCUAGACUUAAAACAUAACAACUGUAUAUAGAACAAAUACAUUUUGUCCCUGAUGUUUGCUUUUAUUAGUCAUAUAGAGGCUUCAGUAUUAUAACCACAUAAAAACUCCUCACAGGUCCUUUAACGUCCUCUGUGUAACACUGACAGAGCUUACAGUCUAAUACCAGGAGGCAGUAACCGUCUCUUCUAGUUCCAUGGGGCACUGCUGGUACCUUCACUGUAUCAUUAUAUUAUAAGUGCUCUGUCUUUAUACUCUCGUAGAUGCACACAUUGCACUCCGCUCGGUUUUGCUGGAUGUCAGUGGGUUCAUGGAAGGAGAACUUACUCCUGUCUUCACUGUUCUGCACCUGAAUUUAUCCACCAGUUGUUGCUGAGCUCAAAAUGGGAAAAGUGAAUUUCAUUUUACAUUUCAAACCAUUGCAAGACAGUGAGAUAUCAACAUAAACAAGAGUACUGUGAAUGUAGUUUACUUUUCAGGAUUAAGGAAGAUACACAUUUUAUAUUAAUGGUUUUAUGUUGCAUUAAUGAAUAAGCUAUCAUGUAUAAUUUAAUUCAAGGGUAUUUUAUUGACCUGUUUUUAUACAAGAUAGUUCCUCUAUACAACAAGUCAUUUAGAUAACAGAGGAUAAAACAACAGGAUCAUCACAGACUUGUCUUUAAAUUGUAUUUUGUACGAUUUAUUCUGUGGUCCACCACUGGAUCAUUCAUUCAGUUCUCAACAGUUUGAUUAUGCACUAAUCUAUUUAUUUAUUUAUGCAUAUUCUUUGGGGGAAAAUGUAAUCUCAAUUUUUGUUAAGUUAUUUUUAUUAAACAUAAUCUAGCAUGACUGUUAGAUAAUUUUUUUGACAAAUUGGCUUUUUCUUCACCGAUGUUCGAAGAAAUGAGGAGGAUUAUCAUCCCAGAUAUGUUAAGGGAUGAGGUAAUAAAAUCUUGUCAUUGUACCUGAAUUUGGUUAUUUGUAAAAGAAUCCUUUUCUGACUGGUUUCAGUGACAUCCCACCGGGUCCCUCGUUACUGCUGCACUAACGUUGGGGCAGAUAGAUGUCCUGUUAGGUGUGGAGAAGCCUCAAGUCUGCAUGAUUUCUUUGUUUUGAUGUGAAAGCUGUUUUGACAUUCUGAUGACCUAUUUAUUUGUUACUUGUUAUUUUCAUGAUUAUCAGUAAGGAACAAGGGUGAGAAUUCUUUAUAUAACUGUUUACGAGUGCAAAGUUUUGUACAAACAAA